GGUACGUUUCAUGGGUUUGCACUGCUAGCUGAAGAAGCUCAACGAAUGUCCUGAUGUUGCGCAUUUUCAAGCUGAUGAUAUUGCUGGCCUUUGCCCAGUGCAGUCACACGUAUGAAGUGGGGAGCAUGUUAACUGAGUUUGCAGUUGAACAUGGUCAAGCUAAGUAUGUAGUACCUGUGACCACACCCAAAGGAUUCCCAACUCACUUACUUGAAGUCCAGCUACAAUACACUAAUGGUGGAGGGAACGGUCCUCUUGGGGUCGGAUGGAGCAUUGCAGGAUUGACCCAAAUCAUAAGAUGUCAAAGUACACCAGCUCAAGACGGACUGCAUAGAGGUGUACAUUAUGAUUAUUACGACCGAUUUUGCUAUGAAGGCUCUAGGUUAGUCGUGACUUCUGGUUCUUACGGUCGUGAUGGGUCGACAUAUGGCACAGAGGUAGAUUCCUUCAUGAGAGCUUACUCCUAUGGAUAUCAAGGAAAAGGACCUCAGAGGUUCCUUAUUAAGACCAAAGAAAAUCAGAAAAUGACAUUUGGAUCUAACGCUAAUUCCCGCGUUUUCGCGCAUCGCGUUCAAAGUAUCCACGCGUGGAAACUGGAUUCAAUAAGCGACUAUUUUAACAACGUGAUCAAGAUUAAGUACGUGGACAACACGAAUGGUUUAUUGGUAUCAAAGAUCUCUUAUAACAAUAUGGUUAUUUCAUUUGAGUACGAAGCUCGUAGUGAUGUCUCCACACAGUAUCUCAAUGGCGGUGUCUUUUUCACGCAAGACAAACGACUUAGAUCUGUCAAGACACUUGUAUCAGGUCAUCUCCACCGUGAAAUCAAAAUAACGUAUCAAACAGCUAAGACUUUACGACAGAGCAUCAUAUCGACUGUCCAGCUGUGUUCCAGGGGUGGAAAAUGUUACAAACCGGAGACAAUGACAUAUCAAGGUACUGUUGAUGCGAAAAGAACCAACAGCCCAAGAUACUGGAUUCAUGAGUUUGGAUAUAAUCAAGGAUGGCGUGUAGGUACCCACUCUCGUCAGGUAGUGGAUAUGAAUGAUGAUGGUUUGGCAGAUAUAGUGGGAUUUUCCAACGGUGGAGUUGUGGUGGCUCUGAACAACGGAGGAUCAUUCAAGCGUCAUAGAACAUGGGUGCAUUCGUUUGGCUCUAGUUCGAGUCGAUGGAGAGGUCAAAACUCACGAUAUGUUGUAGACGUGAAUGGUGACCACCUUCCAGACAUAGUUGGAAUUUCUAAUGAUGGUGUCUAUGUUUCUCUUAAUACUGGAAAGGAAUAUUUCACUUUUGCAAGAAAAUGGUUGUAUCGGUUUGAAUAUAACUAUGGGUGGAGAUUAAAGAAGCACGCAACAUUGGUGAAAGAUGUGAACGGGGACGGCUUAGUCGACAUUGUUGGCUAUGGUAAUGGCGGUCGUGUGUACGUUGCCCUUGGAACUGGUUACCGUUUCAAAAGAAUGCGAAGAUGGUCGACAGACUUCAGAUAUUUUGCAGGUGCACGGCGGAUUUCAAACCACCCAAGUUUUCUUGAGGACGUCACGGGAGAUGGUCUUCCAGAUGUUGUGAGAAUAGCUAAUGGUGGUAUAUACGUUGGAGUCAAUACAGGAACGUCUUUUAAAACAGUUUCACGAUGGGGAAGUCAAUUUGGAUACAACGCGCGAGGAUGGAGAACCAAGCAAUACCCUAGAUUCUUGGUAGAUGUCAACGGAGAUGGCUUGGUUGAUGUUGUUGAAUUCUCAUCCUAUGGUGUAGAAGUUUCUCUAUGUACAGGAAGGAGUUUUCUUCCUUCAAGGACAUGGUUCCGUGGAUUUUCUUAUAACAAUGGUUGGCGGGUAGAGCACCACCCACGAUUUGUCCAAGAUGUAAAUGGAGACGGACUAGCUGAUGUCGUCGGUAUCAAAAAUAGUGGAGUUUACGUUGCAUUGAAUUCUGGAUCGUCAUCAUUUUCUUAUAAAAAGAAGUGGACGGCAAAUUUCGGUAAGAACAGUCAGUGGGAAAACAAAAAUCACCCUCGUUUACUUGCUGAUGUAACAGGAGACGGAGUUUUGGAUAUCGUUUGUUUUGCUCAUUCAGGGGUAUACAUCUCUACAAAUGAUAAUAAACAAACCCUGUUGACAUCCAUUACCGACAGCUAUAAGAACACGCACAAGAUUACUUACUCCUCAUUGGCUGACAAAACGAUUUAUACUCGAGGAAACACUAUGCCCUAUCCGAAUCCAAAAGUUAAUGCUGCACAGACUGUGGUCAAACAAUAUACACGGAAUAAUGGCAUUGGAGGGUUGAAUACUACCUCAUUUACCUACAGUGGCAUGCGCGUUAAUUUGAAAGGUCGUGGUGUUUUAGGGUUCAGUGGCAUUACAGAGAAAAGACAUGAAAAUGGCGAAGCAGAAAUUACAUUUUAUCAUCAGAAUUUCCCAUUUACACGUAUGACAAAAUCCUAUACAAAGAAAGUUGGUGGCCUUGCAGUACUUCAAAGUACUAAAUCGUACGGUUCAAGAUCUAGGAGUAGUAGUCAAAAGCAGGUUUUGCUACAGAAAGACGUUGUAAAUCACUAUGAACUCAACGGUAACCUUGUAAGAACGGAACAGCUAGUCAUCAAAGACGUAGAUGAUUAUGGAAACAUUAAAAUGAUGAAAAAAAUCACAACUGGAAACGGUAAUACCUUUGAACAGAAAACAAUAAAUAAUUACACUAAUAAUCCGCAAAUAUGGUACAUUGGGCAGUUAGACUCCGUUGCAGUUUCUUAUCACGGUGCACGCUCUACAACCAUAGUGAGGCGAUCGGCAUUCUAUUAUGACCGAAUCACAAGAAGUCUGAAAUACGAACUCAGAGAACCAAACCAUCACCUCGGAAUCAAGACGUCGUAUGUUUACGAUUCUAAGGGAAACGUCGUUGAAAAAGCUAAAACUCCAAUUUUGCCGAGAUCAGCUUCCCUCACUCCUAUUCCGCGCCGAGUAUUUAAGACUUACGAUAGGGAGGGUCUUCGUCUCCUGUCAACUCGAAACGAUUUUGGACACACUGAAUCUUACAAGUACGACAUAUUUGGUAACAAACUCUCCUUUGUAGGAGUUAAUGGUCUGAAGACAACUUACAAGUACGACGCCUUUGACAGGCGCAUCCAAGAAAUUCGUCCAGACGGCGUUAAUACCAAAAUUGAACUAUAUUUCAGUGCUCAUCACAGUUCUCUCAAGAGAGCGGUUUAUAUAGAGAAGACAACCAGAAGUGGAGACCAAGACACUCUCAAGAUCUACGACUGCUUUGAUAGACCUAUACGUAUACAAUCAAAGGGAUUUAAAGGUCAAGAUGUCUACCAGGAUAUCGAUUACGGUCCGUUUGGUCAAGUGCGAAGACAAAGUUUACCAUACUAUCCCAAGGGCCAAUCACCUUCCUGGGUAUUAUUCAAGUAUGAUAAGAUCGGUCGUGAAGUUCUUGAAGAACGACCAUUAGAUGGUCCAGUCACUGCUCGAAGAGUGACUUUGUAUAAUGGACUUGAAUCAGUGACCAUAGAUGCUAAUGGCAAAAGGAAAAAGAUGGAGAGGGAUGUAUUAGGAAGAAUUAUCAAAGUGACGGAUGCUCUUGGUGGAAAGGUGACAUAUCAGUACGAUUCGGUUGGGAACUUGAUCAAAACAACUGAUCCUGGGGGUCACGUGACGUCUAUGGCGUAUGAUCGCCUUGGUAACAAGAUAUCCAUGAAUGAUCCGAAUAUGGGCCUUUGGGAGUACUCGUACGACGCACAUGGUCAAAAGAUAUGGCAAAAAGACGCAGUAGGGAACGAAAUGUUUUAUACUUACGACAGACUGGGCCGCAUGAUUGAUCAGCGUGCACCUGAAGGGAGAACAAAGUGGAUUUAUGACCAAAGCGCUCACGGAAAAGGAAAACUCUUUAAAACAGAAUCUCCAAAUGGUCACGUCAAGGAGUACACGUACGAUAAGAAAGGAAGAGAGACUAAUAUCAGACAGCGAAUAGAUGGACAGACUUUUGAUAUCCACUCCAGCUACAACAAUCUUGGACAACUUACCCAGCAAACGCUACCACAAAACAAGAAGGUGAACUACUGCUACGAUGGCCAAGGAUUUCUAACUGAGGUAUCAAGAGUGGCGUGUGGUCAAGGAUCAUCAAAGUCGUUCUAUUGGAAGGCGCUAGCCUAUGAUUCAUUUGGGCACAUUGCAAAAGAGCAGUAUGGAAAUGCACUAUUGACUGACUACAUUUAUGAUGGCACCAAUCACAUCAAAUCCAUUAAAACAUUAGACUUUUCCAGUAAAAUGAAGCGCCACUGGGAGUACAAAUUCGAUUCAUCUGGAAACAUGCUUGAGAGAAGAGAUUUUUCAAAUAAAUGGAACACUAAAGAGACAUUUUUUUACGAUGCUCUGGACAGAAUUACCAAGGCUGACAUAAGAAGUAUGAAUCCAAAUCAAAAAUCAGCAUUCAGUGAAGGUUGGGAGUACGACAGUUCCGGCAACCUUCGAAGGUACAGCGGAUUUGGAGGUCGUCAGCAUGAAUAUAGCAGCUCACAGCCCCAUGCAGUCAUCCGUGCUGGUCCCAAUACCUACUCGUAUGAUGCGAACGGUAACAUGGUAAAAAAGAAUAACCAGCACGUGACAUGGACCUCAUUUAAUAAGCCAAGAACGAUAGAGAGAAAGACUAGAGAUACCGUCAAGUUUGAAUAUGAUGCCAGUCAAAAUCGCUUUAAAAAGUCCAGUCCAGAAGAAACGAGCAUUUACAUAGGGAAAUUAUAUGAAAAAAUCACGGAUAGCAAAAUGAACUCACAUAAAUACUUUAUAUAUGCUCUUGGAAGGCUGGUUGCUAUAGAUACAAAGGUAGAAUCUGAACUAUCAUCAUCGGCUUUUGUAAGGUACGUCCAUGGGGAUCAUCUAAAUUCCGUUGAUACGGUUACUGACGAAAAAGGCAAUAUUAUCGAAUCACUCAGGUAUAGCGCCUAUGGACAGAGACGCUCAGAGCACUGGGCUAACUUUAAAGGAUAUACUAUUCACGCACAACGCGGCAUUACUACAACCGGCACUAAACGUGGAUUCACAGGACACGAGCAUCUAGAGGAACUAGAUCUUAUUCAUAUGAACGGUCGUAUAUACGAUCCUGUCGUUGGGCGAUUCCUCAGUCCUGACCCUCAUGUUCAAGACCCCUACAACACUCAGAACUUGAACCGUUACAGCUACACUUUGAACAACCCUCUUAAGCAUACAGAUCCAUCUGGUUACUUCUUUAAAAGGGUCUUUCGAUUCUUCAAAAAAUUUGUUAAACCAAUAAUCGUUACUGUCGCGGCUGUUGUGGUAUCAGCAGUGACACUCGGAGCAGUUGCUCCAUUGGCUUCUGCAGCGGUUGCAUCGAUAGGGCUUUCAGGUGCAUCGGCUACAGUGGCAGCAGGUGCGAUAGCAGGGUCAGCAGCUGGGUUUGUUGGAGGUACGAUCGCUGGAGGAUCUUUUAGAGCAGGCUUGAAGGGUGCGUUAGGUGGAGCUAUUACCGGUGGAAUUGGCGCAGGCGUCGGAGCUCAUUUUGGUAGCACAUGGAACCUUGAACGUGUCGCAGCCCAAGCCAUAGGUGGGGGAGUAGCAAGCACAUUUAGUGGUGGGGAAUUUGAAGAUGGCUUCUUUCUUGCUGGAGCAACAGCAUCUGCAAAUUACCUUUACAACACUGCAGUCCACUAUGAGCCCACGUGGUACUCAGGGGGUCCAGCGCAACCAAAGACUCCAAAUCAGAUGCCCAUCGAGGGAGCAAAUAACAUUGGUAUUCAAGGUAAUACUAUUGACCCGACGGGUUGGCUAAACGAAGGAGGUAGAGUCAGCAGAUUUUUGAACGAAAUACCCGGAGUAAACGCUGUAGCAGGUUUGCAUGAUAGUUUUCAAGUCGGGAUGGAUAGCCUGUCAGGGGCCAGGGACAUGCUGAAUGUACCAGGGAUGUUUCCAGCUGCAGGUAUUACUUAUGGCGCACUAAUCGACGGCCCAGCUUCACAAGCAUUGUUGGUGGACGAGGAACGCGUACAUCGGGACUGGUAUACCUUUUAAGCUCAUUGGCUUUUUUAAAUUAAGCGUUGUCGGAAACUUUUUUUUUAAUACUGGAACAUAUGUUCUCUAGAUUCGUCGCAUAUCACGUAUAUUUCACACGCGGAAGACUGAUCUACGACUAAUGGAAAUGAAAAAAAAUUUCGACGGAAUUCUGCGAUGUCCAUAGAUUAAGUUUUUGUUGUUCUCUAAUAAAUUUUCGUAAAAUUGCUAAAAAAAUUGCAGAUUCAGGAAAAAAACAAGCUUAUCUUUGCGGAAAUCAUUCCCGGCUCUUACGUCUCGUGAUUGCGCUAAUGACAUAUAAGUAAACAGAGUCCUGAAAUUGAUGUUCAAGGCAUUACUAUGAACAGAUGUUAAAAGUUGACAUUGAUCUAGUAUGUAAAAGAAAAUAAAACACUUCAAUGUUUUCUACUA